UUUGGCCCUCUGCAGAUUCCGUCCGCUCACUAGGAGGCGCUGCGGCGGCGGCAGCCUGGGCUGUUGCGGGCAGGGGCGAUUGGGCAGUCGGCUGAAGCUGCGGCUAUGGAGUGGGGCACUGAGUCGGCAGCUGUGAGGCGGCACCGCGGCGGAGCAGAGCGUAGGGAAGGACCGGCGGUCGAACCGUAUCCGGAGAGGGAGGCCUGGGCGGACGUGGACAGCAGCGGGAGGACGCGGAAGAGAAGCCCGGGGGGAGGCGGCGCGGGCCGGGGCGCGGGGAGCGCGCUGUCCGAGGUGCGCGCAGUGCUGGCGCUCGGGCUCUACCUGCUGGCGCUGCGGGCGCUGGUGCAGCUGUCUCUGCAGCGGCUGGUCCUUCGUCGCGCGGCCGGGCUUCCCGGCGGAUUCCUUUUGAUUGCUUCUAGGGAUUAUCUGGAACACAUAACAUCCAUUGGCCCCAGGACUACAGGAAGUGCAGAAAAUGAAAUUCUGACAGUGCAGUACCUUUUGGAUCAGAUCAAACUGAUUGAAGUACAAAGCAACAGCCUUCACAAGAUUUCAGUAGAUAUACAACGGCCUACAGGCUCCUUUAGCAUUGACUUCUUGGGAGGUUUUACAAGCUACUAUGACAACAUUACCAAUGUAGUAGUCAAGCUGGAACCUCAAGAUGGAGCCCAGCAUGCUGUCUUGGCUAACUGUCAUUUUGACUCAGUGGCAAAUUCACCAGGUGCCAGUGAUGAUGCAGUUAGUUGUGCGGUGAUGCUGGAAGUUCUUCGUGGCAUGUCAACAUCUUCAGAAGCCUUACAGCAUGCUGUGGUCUUCCUCUUCAAUGGUGCUGAGGAAAAUGUCUUACAAGCCAGUCAUGGUUUUAUUACUCAACAUCCCUGGGCCAGUUUGAUUCGUGCAUUUAUUAACCUGGAGGCCGCAGGUGUUGGAGGAAAAGAACUUGUAUUUCAAACAGGUCCUGAAAAUCCUUGGCUGGUUCAAGCUUAUGUUUCAGCAGCUAAACAUCCUUUUGCUUCAGUGGUGGCUCAGGAAGUUUUUCAGAGUGGAAUCAUUCCUUCAGAUACUGACUUCCGCAUCUACAGGGAUUUUGGGAACAUUCCAGGCAUAGACUUAGCUUUUAUUGAGAAUGGCUACAUUUAUCAUACCAAGUAUGACACAGCGGACAGAAUUCUGAUAGAUUCCAUUCAGAGAGCAGGUGACAACAUUUUAGCAGUUCUUAAACAUCUGGCUACAUCUGAUAUGCUGGCUUCUUCUUCUGAGUAUCAGCAUGGAAACAUGGUCUUCUUUGAUGUGUUUGGCCUGUUUGUCAUUGCCUACCCUUCCCGUGUUGGCUCAAUAAUAAACUACAUGGUAGUGAUGGCUGUUGUUCUGUACCUUGGGAAAAAAUUCCUGCAGCCCAAACAUAAGACUGCUAACUACACGAAAGACUUCUUGUGUGGACUUGGCAUCACUUUCAUUAGCUGGUUUACUAGCCUUGUUACGGUUCUCAUUAUAGCAGUGUUCAUCUCUCUUAUUGGGCAAUCUCUCUCAUGGUAUAACCACUUCUAUAUUGCUGUUUGCCUGUAUGGAACUGCAGCAGUGGCCAAAAUAAUAUUCAUACAUACCCUUGCAAAAAGAUUUUAUUAUGUGAAUGCCAGUGACCAGUAUCUGGGAGAAGUGUUUUUUGAUACCUCACUGUUUGUGCACUGUGGUUUUCUCGUUGCUCUCACUUACCAAGGAUUUUGCUCUGCAUUCAUGAGUACUGUCUGGGUAGCAUUUCCACUGCUCACAAAGCUUUGUGUGCACAAGGACUUUAAGAAGCAUGGUGCCCAAGGAAGAUUUAUUGUUCUUUACCUUUUGGGGAUGUUUAUCCCUUAUCUUUAUGGACUUUAUCUCAUCUGGGCUGUAUUUGAGAUGUUUAUCCCUAUCCUUGGGAGAAGCGGUUCUGAAAUCCCACCUGAUAUUGUGCUGGCCUCCAUUUUGGCUGCCUGUACGAUGAUUCUCUCCUCCUAUUUUAUUAACUUCAUCUACCUUGUCAGAAGCACCAAAAAAACCAUGUUAACUCUAACUUUGGUGUGUACAAUUACAUUCCUCCUUGUUUGUAGUGGAAGCUUUUUCCCGUAUAGCUCCAAUCCUGCUAAUCCAAAGCCAAAGAGAGUGUUUCUUCAGCAUAUGAGUAGAACGUUUCAUAACUUGGAAGGAAGCAUAGUUAAAAGGGACUCUGGAAUAUGGAUCAAUGGGUUUGAUUACACUGGAAUGUCUCAUGUAACACCUCAUAUUCCUGAGAUCAAUGACACAAUCCGAGCUCACUGUGAGGAGAAUGCCCCACUCUGUGGUUUUCCAUGGUAUCUUCCAGUGCACUUUCUGAUCAGGAAAAAUUGGUAUCUUCCUGCUCCAGAAAUUUCUCCAAGAAAUCCUGCUCAUUUCAGACUUAUAUCCAAAGAGUGGACACCGUGGGAUUCUGUAAAGUUGACCUUUGAAGCAACAGGACCAAGCCAUAUGUCUUUCUAUGUUCGAGCCCACAAAGGGUCAACACUUUCUCAGUGGUCUCUUGGCAAUGGCACCCCAGUCACAAGCAAAGGAGGGGAUUACUUUGUGUUUUACUCCCAUGGGCUCCAGGCCUCUGCAUGGCAGUUCUGGAUAGAAGUGCAGGUCUCAGAAGAACAGCCUGAAGGAAUGGUCACUGUGGCCAUUGCUGCCCACUAUCUAUCUGGGGAAGACAAGAGAUCCUCUCAGCUAGAUGCUCUGAAGGAGAAAUUUCCAGAUUGGACAUUUCCCUCUGCGUGGGUGUGCACCUACAGUCUCUUUGUGUUUUAAGCUUGUGGAUGAGGUUGGAGUAGAUGCUCAGUGGAUAUUCUGUAAGUGUAAGUGACAGCUGCUCUCCUGUGUUACAUGGGUGUUUGUAACACAAAUCAGUGAACUUUAAUGAGGGUAUGCUGAAAGAGCUUUUUGGGUUAACACUUCAGAGCCAACCACUGUAUGGUUUAAACAUUGGGAUACUGACCUUUCUAUCACUUGAAAACUCCAGUUUUCUGGCACUUAAGCACAUGUGGUGGGUACUGCUACUUAAACAUGUCAUUUUAUAUGACUAUGAGGAAGAGGCAGCAUACCACUGACAUCCUUUGAGAAUUAAGAAAGAUGUAGACCGUCAGAUCACUGUUAAUGAAAUAGGUAAGCUCAUUUGUUCUGUCAGUGGAUGAGGGGUAAAAUACCAUUCACUGGGGUACAGUUCUCCUUGAGCUAUAACUGCAGGUCAUUAAAAAGUGACUGCCGUAGAGCUGUGGAAGCAGUGCUACACCUUCAGGGCUCUGAGAGGCAGCCUUGUGUUCUGUUCUGAAAGCCUAGACCAUGGUGCAGCGCCCUGGGCUGACUCCCCAUUGCUGAAGCUACUUCUAUGCUGCUUUCCUGGUAUUCAAUGUCUGUUUCCUUCUAACACAUGCUCCCUGUCACUAACCUGUGGAGGGGCACAUUUCUGCAGCUACAUUUCCCUCUCAGUUUUCAUUUUCAUGGGCUGUUUUAUUUGGGUAAGCACAGGACCUGAACUUCCUUCCCCAGAGCACUGAGUGGCCAGCAUGGCUAUUCUGAGGUGGAAGAGCAAGGUGGGAGGAGAGUCAGGAGUGUUAGGCAUUUUAUAAUUAUUUAUUCUUUUUAUAUUUUAAUAGGAAUCUUCUGUUACACAAAGUUAAUCCUUUAGGACAUAAUUUUGUUGAUGCACUGGGUUUUGUUUUCUAGCCAGCUGAAUAAUUUCUUAGUAUGUCAGUGAGACUGGCUUUCCUGACACUUAAGUUUGUGACUUAUACAGGAAUGAGACCACUGUACCUUUAUCUCUGUGAGUGUCCAGAUCCUACAUAAUGGCAGCGCUUGGCCUUAAAGGUGUUUUUCAUUCUGAAGAUGUAGAUGUAGCUGUGAGGUCUGUGAUAGAUUGUAGUGCCUCUUGUGGCUUCUGUAGAUUCCAGAGGUGACAGGGUUGAUAAGGUUGAUGAGUGACAAAUUAUGCUAGGGUUUCAUGUAAAAUGUCAGACAAAAUUUGAGUUAGCAAACAUGGGCCAAAACACAGUUGAAAGAAAAGCCAUAGUAAAGAAAAAACAAAACAAUAACUUCUCAGGUCUUGUGGGAGCAAGAGGAGUUUUUCUCAAAGAAAGCGACCCUCAGACUGAACAACAAGAGCAUAGUGUGCACUGCAGGGGAAAACUUUCUUAAAACUGCUGGUGUUACAUGUAUGAUGUGUUUAAGUUUCUUAAUCAUGUUCCUUAUAUCGCCUGCCUACUCUACAUGGACCAACUGGGCCCAUGCAGACAUCAGGGCUGUGGCCAGAGCUGAAUGGUAACAUGCUGGUUAUCAUAUUUAUCAACACUGCACAUUGGAGUCUCUGCUUUUACUGGACUUGUAGAAAUAGUGUCUUGUCAGUGCUUCAAGUGUCUGGCUCCUGCUGCAUACAUAUCUGUCAGGUAGUACAUAAAGGUUUUCAGGGUUUAUGUAUAGCCUGUACAGAAUUAUGUCUGUGGAAAAUAAGUAACAGUAGUAAUAGCUCAAUGAAUUUCAAAAUAUAUGCCUAUAUUCUGUUCCUGGGGUUUCUCUGACUCCCCCACGCCCUUGGGAAGGAUGCUGUUUCUCCUGUUCAACAUAAUCAUGGUUUCCUUUUUCCUUUGGGUUAUUUCUCUAUGCAAAUGAUUUUGAUUUUCUUUAGCAUUAUGAAGCUUUGAUAUUGUUCAUUCAGUAAUAAGAGGCUCACUAAGUUCAUGGCAUGCUUAAUAUUCUGGGGGAAGUUGUUUUAAGGCUAGAAAUGGUCAAAUAAUUAUAUCAGUAUUCAUGACUUUGCUAACAAGCACACUCUUUCCUUAUCAGUACCUCCAAGAUUAAACUUAAGUGCCCUCUUUUGAAAGAUUAUCUGAUCAUUUGAGUAAUUUACUUCUAAAAGGAUCUUUUCAAGCUCCAACAGAUGCAUUUUCCCCAUAGUGAAUGUAAAUAUUAGUAGCACAGUACUGCACAUUCAGGGAGAAGUAUAAACAAUUGUGAUUUCAGAGUCCUUCUGUUAUUUGGUCUAAGAAUGAUCGUUGCGGGGCUGCUGGAGAGAUGGCUCAGCGGUUAAGAGCACUGAGUGCUCUUAAAGAGGACCUGGGUUCAAUUUCCAGCACCCACAUGGCGGCUAGAAACUGUCCUUAACUUCAGUUCCAGGGGAAUCUGAAGCCCUCUUCUGACCUCUGAGGCAUUGCAGGACACGAGUGCACUCACACAAAUGCAGGCAAUACACUCCUACACAUAAAAAUAAUAAAAUAUUAAAAAAAAAAGAUCAUUGCAAGAAGUGUUCCCACAGUCCAGCUAUCUUAAACAAGGUUGAUUCUCCCAGGUAUAGCAAUGCAGGGGCCAUAGCCAGCCUGCUAACUCAGGAAGCUGCUGAGGAAAUGUGUCCACCUUUUCACUGGUUUGCUGAUUUGUUGAAGAUUGAUUGUUGCCUUACAAUGUUACUGAAUUAAACUUUUUAACAUACCGGUUGGAAAAUG